CGAAAUGUUGAGCCAUCAUUUCCGUUAUAACCUAACCAGGAAAACUUCAGAAUGGUAACUUGUAGAUUGAUAGUGCAACAAAAUUUACUGCUCUAGUUUUCGUUUUAAUUUUUGUGUGUGUGUGUCACUCUUCUAUCAAGGAAAGUUUGCAAACAAUUUCAGAUUGAGACAAACGCAAACUACAAAAUGUCACCCUUGUUUUUUUUACUCAGGAUAUCCUGAGUCGAGGCACUUAGUCGAACGCGGUCAUGUAUAGAGUGUUUAGGUAAUUAUACGUGUAAUAGGAACUGGUGCUUUUCAACUCUUAUGUGAUGAUACGGUACAUUUAUUGGAGCAGUGUGUAACAAGCGUCUGAAGGAUUUACACGUUAAACUUGAAGAGAAUCCACCUGUCUAAGUUGCUGAUGUACAAUUAAUUAAUAGAGAACCUUCGUAGGAUGAAGGAGAGAGGUUAUUAUGCUGUUUUUGUUUGACUGGAUGCUACUAUGAAUGCACUAGCUGAGGAAAGUUACUGUUAGUUUGCUCAUUCAUGCUUGAUAUAAUUAUGCUGAUGCUGUGUCUUGAACCUUGACCUUGCAUUGACAGCCAUGUGUUAAGUGACUGGAAGGAUUCGCACCUUGAACCUCACGAUUGAUAGUUCAUUUGGUGGACUUGAAAAUGUAGCUGCUAUCAACUGCUAUUAGCUAUUGAAGACCCAACCUAUCUUAAUGGAUACCGAUGGCUUUAUGAGAAUGAGUUUCCUGCCGGAUUCAUAAUUCGCUAGUGUCGGUGUCGGAGUCCAAACCUUUUUGUGAUUUGUAAUUUGAAAUUCGGGGAAAAAUGCCGUCGAAGAAGAAGAAGACUAAAAAAGGGAGUACUUCUUCUAGUCGUAGUAGUCAACACUCGGCGAACAGUCGACCUAUAUCUAUGACCAGCCCUCAGCAGGAAUCGUUUGCAGCAAAAUAUAACAUUCGGCCAGCGUUUGAUCUCAUCUUAAAGUUUUUACUGGUUGGUGAUUCAGAAGUAGGAAAGUCAUCCAUAGUACUACGCUACUCUGAUAAUAAUUACAGGGAAAGUUUUAUAUCCACUAUUGGUAUUGAUUUCAAAAUCAAGACAGUGGAACUACAAGGAAAGAAGAUCAAACUUCAGAUAUGGGACACAGCCGGCCAAGAGCGAUUCCACACCAUUACCACCUCAUACUACAGGGGGGCAAUGGGUAUAAUGUUGGUAUAUGAUAUAACACAGGAGAAGACAUUCGAUAACAUUGCAAAGUGGCUACGUAACAUACAAGAGCAUGCAAAUGAAGAUGUAGAAAAGAUGCUGUUGGGAAACAAGUGUGACAUGGAAGACAAGAGAAUGAUCAGCAAAGAAAGGGGAGAGACUAUUGCGAGGGAGAAUGGCAUUAAAUUCUUAGAAACUAGUGCCAAGGCUAACGUCAACGUUGAGAAGGCUUUCAUGACACUCGCAGAGGACAUUCUAAAGAAGUAUCCACAGAAAGAUCCAGCAAGCGGAACGACCGGUAACAUCAAACCAACAGGAGAUGACGGUAGUCGACCCAACAAGUGCUGUUAGAUUCCAAUGCUGUAGUAUCGUCUAAUUCCCCACCCACUCCCCCCUUCUCCUACACUCUCCUCCUUCUCGUCUCUCUCUUCAGUGUGAACUUGUUGCCGUCAUACCCAAGAAGAUUCUUGGAAUCUUAAGAUCUCCUGUAAGCAAGUCUGCAAUCUCUGAAAGUGAUGAUUCUACUCUUGAUUUGAUUAUCUCAAGCAGGGUUAGGGAGCGUCUCAAAAGUCGGAACAGUCUGAAUGUUCUAAAGGGAAACUUUGGAGGCAAUAGGUGGCGGCAGACUUACCAGGUAAAUCCAUUAAAGGAACACGAUGCCUUGGAUCGAGUUGGUCUUUGAAAAGCGGUU